AUGGCAGAAAAACGUUCUGCACGACAACGUAAAGUUCAAAAUUAUUCUCUCUUAGCAGACGAAAGUGAUGAGGAAUUCUUUUAUGAUGAUGAACCAGUCAAACAUAAGAAGUACGAUGAUGAUGAUGACAUAGUAGAAAAGUCAACCAGUAAAUCUACUAAAACUAAAAAGAAAACACCGAAGGAAAAGUCAGUGAAAAAACCACCCGAGGCAACUCCUGCAUCAAAAGAGAAUCAACUUCCUAAAACUGUUAAUGAAAUAAAGCCGACUAAUUUAAGUCCUGCAGUGCUGCCUCACUCUGAAACACCUAAAUCACCUGUAAUCAAUCCCACGUCGAAAUUCCUGUCGAAAUCUGUCCCUUCUACUCCUGUUCAUUCAGCUGUAUCAUUGUCUAAUGCAGCAGUUACGCCACCACCGUCUUUAGGUAAGGCGUUUAUUCCUGUCACUCCAUCUAGCGGUCUGCGUCUUGGUUUGUCACGUACAAAAAAAUUACGACCUUUGCACACAAAUGUACGCAUAACAUAA